AUGAAAAAACUCCGAAAAGCUGUCCGAUUCAUACUCCGGAAAAAAAAGAAGGAAAAGCCAAAUUAUUUAUGCAAACUUCCCGAAGUAGUCAUGCGAGAGAUGUUGAAACAUUGCGAUUUAGAAUCGAUCAUAAACCUCCGCAAAACCUGUCACACCCUCCGCGAUUUUAUUUCUGAAAACAACCCGGACCCUCCAGUCUCCCGACUGUCCGUUAUUCUAUUCAACGAAUCGAUAAUGCUAUCCUUCCACUCCUCUACCUCGAAUAUCGUAUAUUAUAAAAAUGGAGGUCACGUGGAGAACAAGAUCAAAAGGAGAUUCAAAACUUUCAAAAAGGAAAAUUAUCAGCAAUUAUUUCUCAACGACAUCGGAUACAUUCUAAGUCUGAAAAAGGUUCCGUUGGAUCGCUUCGUGAUAGUAAUAGAAGAUCAAUUAGAAAACGACGAAACCCUUAAAAAUCUCGGAGUUAUUCUUCAAAAUCGGUCUCCACGCCCACUUCCAGUCCGUCAUAUACGCUUCGAAGUUUUUGAUAGUAGUCAUAUAAUGUCAAUCCUACCGUAUAUCGACUGUCUGGAACGGAUUCAAAUCGUUCAUGCGACAAGUUGUGGUAUCAUUUUGGACUUGUCUGAAAUCUCAGACCUAUCCCAGUGGAAAUCGGUAAAGCAGGUGGAGAUUGGCAAUUUCUGGUUGAGAGCACCAAUCCAGGUGUUCUCUGGAUUUGAGCGGGUUUUUGCGACAAUGGAAGUACUCAAAAUAGAGGAUGUAUUGGCUGUGAAAGAGACAUUCCUCAAUUCCCCCACUGCCAGUCUAUUCCAGUUCGAGUUUGGUGAAUUUGUUGGAGAGCACAAACUACACGAGCUAUUUGGACCCCCUAUGGUUAAUGAUGGUGACAAUUGGAAAUUCGGAGAAUUGGAAAAGAAGAAUGGAGGAUUUACUUUAAAAGUCUGUUCUGAACUUAUAAGAUUCGAACGAUGCUGA